AUGACAGCCUCAUCUGAGGAAGACGAUGAAAGCAGUAAUUUCUCUAUACUGGAAAGCGAUGUUUUACAUUCUUGGCUUUCUGCAAAUUCCGAACAUCCUUACCCCACUGAUGCAGAGAAGUUAAUGUUUGUGGAGCUUACUGGGCUUACGAUGUCUCAAAUCAACAACUGGUUUAUUCAUGUCCGAAAAGCCAAUGGCACGGCAGACCCUGCCACCGCAGAAUCUAUCCCGUCAACCCAAGACGUGGCAUCCGCGGUAUCACUGCAACCUGCCGCAGGCCUGGGAACGGGGACUUCACCUCGAUACUUCAUUAAAUCAACUGGUAUUAUGUCCUCCUCUGCAGCGACCCGCCUCGGAUGA